AAUUGAAGCCGAGCAUGCGUUGCUGACCAAUUGGGAAGUUAGUGAAGUGAUUAAAAACGACAUAAAAUGGUGCAAGAAGAAAGAAAGAGAAUCUAAGAGCAACGUAACGGAAAAGCACAAUAUAAGUGGACUACGCGAUGUUGCUACACUAUGUUAUGCGCUUCAGAACUACUUCAAGGACUCCCCAACACAAUAUCACACGGCGGAAAGUAUACAGAAACUAACCAAGGGUAUGGCUCCUUUUGGAUUGACGAAGGCGGAGAAGUUGCAAAUCGUUAAUAACAUGCCCCGCAGCGAGGUGGAGAUACAUGUGAUUGUAGAGGAAGUGGAAGAGAGGCUUCCCGAAAAUGCUUGGGAAGAAAUAGUGAGCGCUGUAGAAGCGAGUAUUUUGAGUGCCCCAACAGACGCUGACGACACAGCAAUACUCGCGCAAUAAUGUUUGUAUUAUAGCGACACGCCGUCUCAAUCGGUCGAUGAAGACAGUACUUGUGCAAUAUCUCGACUUACAAUGGCAAAAAACGUCGAACGUCAAGACUUGUUAGGGCUUGUUCUGAAUUUGCAGCACUUGCAUUGUCAAUAACCAUCACUCGUAGGUCUCAGACAACGUGUUUGCUUGAAUAUUUUAGGAGGCCAUGGUUCGUAACCAAGGCGUUCAUCAAUAGUUACAGCUUGGCGGGUUUUUUGGGUUUGGGACACCCGUGUAGCGACUAGCGACUAGCGUGUAUUUUUAGUAAAUAAUUAUGUUCUGAUUACCUGAUGUAGAGAGAAAAGUUUUGUUACUGUUUUUUUUAAAUAAAAACAAAUAGAAGUAAA